GAUAGUAAAAAGGUAAGAAAAAACCAUUAUAAAUAGGUUGUGAGGAACCAAGUUCUGUUCACAACACAAACACAGCUUUAUUGUAUUUCGCACUUUUGUCUCUCAGAGGCUCUCAGUUUUCGUGGAACCAAGCUUCGUUUUUUGAGGGAAGAAUGGACCAUCAAGGGCAUAACCAGAAUCCGCAAAUGGGGGUUGUCGGUAGUGGCAGUCAAAUGCCAUACGGAUCUAACCCAUAUCAAUCAAACCAAAUGACUGGGGCCCCAGGAUCAGUUGUUACAUCAGUUGGGGGCAUGCAGUCCACUGGUCAACCUGCUGGAGCUCAGCUGGGUCAGCAUCAACUUGCUUACCAGCAUAUCCAUCAGCAGCAACAGCAGCAACUUCAGCAACAGCUGCAAUCCUUCUGGUCAAACCAGUACCAGGAAAUCGAAAAGGUUACUGAUUUCAAGAACCACAGCCUUCCUCUGGCAAGGAUCAAGAAGAUCAUGAAGGCUGAUGAGGAUGUUAGAAUGAUAUCAGCUGAAGCACCUGUCAUAUUUGCAAGGGCCUGUGAGAUGUUCAUAUUGGAGUUAACCCUGCGCUCAUGGAACCACACUGAGGAGAACAAAAGGAGGACACUUCAGAAGAAUGAUAUUGCUGCUGCAAUCACUAGGACUGAUAUCUUUGAUUUCCUGGUUGACAUUGUGCCUCGUGAGGACCUGAAAGAUGAAGUGCUGGCUUCAAUUCCAAGAGGAACAAUGCCUGUUGCUGGGCCUGCUGAUGCUCUUCCUUACUGCUACAUGCCACCUCAGCAUGCCUCCCAAGUUGGAACUGCUGGUGUCAUAAUGGGCAAGCCUGUGAUGGACCCAAACAUGUAUGCUCAGCAGCCCCAUCCCUACAUGGCACCACAAAUGUGGCCACAGCCUCCGGAACAGCGACCACCAUCUCCAGAUCACUAGAUGCUGAGAUGUGGAUGUUAAGAUUGCAGGGAACUGCAAUGGGGGUGGGGGUGAAACUGUUCCAUUGGUGCGAUCAGAAACUGUAGCUGAGAUGGUUUACUUGCAUUGCAGACUAUUAUGUAGAUAAUAUGCCAGUAAUAACUUAUCUUUAUGUUUAAUUAAGCUGGGUAAAAUGUAAUAUGGGUUUAAACCUUAUGGUCUUCGGAUGAUAUAUAUUAUGUACUUGCAGACUUCUAUUGCCUAUUGGGUUAUAUUUACUAUGGUUUAAGUUA